AUGAUUAUAACCUUAGAAGACAAAAAGAAAAUAAUGCCAACAUUAGAUAAUAUGUUGACAAUAUGUUAUGGAUGUCGUACAUUGAUCGAUGAUCGUUAUUAUUUAAUGGCUGUUGAUCGUAGUUGGCAUUUAUCUUGUUUAAAAUGUUUUGAUUGUGGUAUGUCACUUGAACAAGAACGAACAUGUUUUGCACGAUAUGGACAAAUUUUUUGUAAAGAUGAUUAUAUAAAACGAUAUUGUUCUCGUGUUUGUGCACGAUGUCAUACAAUUAUUCGACAAGAUGAAGUUAUUCUACGUGCUAAACAAUUUAUUUUUCAUUUAGAUUGUUUUACAUGUAUUACUUGUAAUCUUCUUCUUCAUCCAGGUGAUGAAUUUGGUUUAAAAGAUGAUUUAAUUUUUUGUCGUCAUCAUUUUUUUUGA